GUUUAAAGAUAUUUCUAUUGGUGAGCCCUCGCUUACAAUGGAUGGUGUCACUGAAAAGAUUGCUCCUCAUACAUGCCGCUUAUCUGAUAUGACGUAUUCUGCUCCAAUAAAAGUCGAUGUAGAGUACAUUCAAGGAAGUCAUGAUCAAAAGACUAGAGUGGAGAAGAAAGGUGUCGUAAUCGGAAGGAUGCCUAUUAUGCUACGGAGUUGCUCCUGCACCCUGUAUGGGAAAACCGAAUCUGAACUUGCCAAACUUGGUGAGUGCCCCCUCGACCCUGGAGGAUACUUCAUAAUCAAGGGAAAUGAGAAGGUGCUUUUAAUGCAGGAACAACUUUCAAAAAACAGGAUUAUCAUUGAUAUGGACAAGAAGGGGAAUUUAAAUGCAUCUGUUACGAGCAGCUCAGAGAGAAUAAAAAGCAAAACUAUUAUUCAGAUGGAAAAUCAGAAGAUCUAUUUGAUGCUUAACCAAUUUGUCAAAAAGAUUCCUAUUAUGGUGGUCAUGAAGGCUAUGGGAAUGGAGAGUGAUCAAGAAGUAGUACAGAUGGUUGGAAGAGAUCCUCGAUAUGCUGCCCUGCUAAUGCCAUCUAUUGAGGAUUGUGCAAAGGAAGGUAUACAUAAGCAAGAGCAAGCUUUGGCCUACCUUGAAACAAAGGUGUUCUGUUUG